AUGCGGAUUGACAGGGCGGAAACUACGCUACCAAUUAAUGUGGCUGCAGAGGUCGACGAAGAAGUUGGACUAUCCCUGGACCCGCCAAUUGGCGAUUUUAUCAUCUCGCCAGCGAUAUUGUCCGCGAAACAGCCUCUAAAGCUCGUGCUCCAAAGGCCUGUGACCGAAGCGAAAAACGUGACGACCGAGAUCAUCGCCUUGGGUUUGAUCAGUGGUGACGAGCAGCGGAUUCGGUUGAAUCUGAGCUUGGUUCCAAUUGAAGCUGUGGCCACCACGGCAGCUGCCAGCUCUGCUGAAAAAGCGGCCGCGCCAAGCUUUGAAAAUAAAUUGGUCGAGCUCACGAUCGCAGAUGGUCAAGAAAAUAAGGUUAUGCUAAAGAUUCUCAACCCGAGGGCCGAAAAGCCGAAAGUUCAAGUGUUCGGAAGCGAGGCGCACGUGAAGUUGUUUGAGAUUCGACAGGAUGAAGAAACAAUUACCGCCAGUUGGCUGGGCUGUGAGAAUUGCGAGCUUCCCCCCAAGAUGACCCUCGGAUUGAUGGCCCGGUAUCCCGAUAAUGGGCACACGAUGUCGGCUGUGGUUUUGGCACGCGUAACAAAGGCCGAAGUCUUCCGGUUUGUUGAGAAGGAUUAUAAGACGGUGAUUGUGGAGGGGGCAAAAUCGACGGAGAAGAUGCUCAAAUUGCGGGCCAAAAACGCUGGAGAGCAACAGCUAUCCUUCUCUCUCGACGACCAGAGCGGCGUUCUCAGCAUCGACCCAGUUUCCGGAAUCGUCCGUGUUCAGCACCCCGAAUUCGUGUCCCGCGAAUUCCUGGGCGAGCAGUUCGAGGUGACCGCCAGGGCCCAUGCCGGCGAAGCGGAAGCCAUGACGAGGAUCCGAGUCAAGAUCCGCCCAAAGCCAACGGAAGCCGUAGCCAAGGAGGAGCCCACCAGUCACGCCUUCAAACUUGCGGCUGGUCAGCGAAUUGUUGGAGAACUUUCCGAUUCAGCUGCUUGCGAACGUAGCCUGCAUGAGGGAGAUUCGGAAAGGUUUUCGAUCAAUUCUGACGGACAACUUUCGUAUGUUGGACCACUCCAGAAAGAGGAUAAAGUCUAUACCUUCAAGGUAUCCUGCUUGACCUCAAACCGCCUUGUCAGCGAGGAAAUCGUCGCCGUCGAGGUGGCCGGCUUCGGCUCGUCCCCACCUACCGUAGACCCGGAGCGUGCCGUCAUCAGUGUUCCGAGUUGGCUGGAAGAAGAGCGUGAAAUCGCGUCACUGCGGAUUCGUGAAGACGAUCUUGAUGCUGACCUGGAAGUCACGCUGGCUGUCGAGGGGGUUACAGAGCAGGGAGAAACUGUGCUGUUCGAGAGCAACGCCUUCUCCGUGACGCCAGGGCCAGAUGGGCGGUAUUCUGUGAAAAUGAAGGGGAAACUGGAGCCAGAAGGUCGACCGGCAAUUCUCAAGCUCCGAGUCUUGGUCGCCGACAAGACGCACCCACUUGAAGUGAAGGCCGAAGCAAACCUCACCCUGCUCCCAUUCGAUGCGGGCCAACGUCAGGUUCGGGAUUUCUGCGCCUUGAAUCCGUUGCCAGACGAGAUCGUCGCCUCGGGACCGGGAUAUCUGUAUACAGUCUCGACGCACGGGUGCAGUGGCGCUGUAAAAUGCAGCUAUGCUGUCGACCUGAUGCCAGGACUACGGAUAAACUGGACGACCGAGGAAUUGGCUCGUCUGGGUGGCUUCUUGAGAACAACUUGGGAAGAUGGGACUGUCAGCAGUCGGGUGCUCGUUGUCAAUGUUGAAGAUGUGAACGAGCAGCCACCAGUAUUUGUUGAAAACGCGAUGGAGGCUAUCGUAUAUGACGAUAUGCCCUCCGGCAGUGUUAUUGCUAAAGUCAAGGCAUCCGAUGUCGACACUGAUAAGCUGACCUACAGUUUGAAUUGCACGGCAUGCUAUAACUCCAUGGAGAUUGGCAAUGACGGGCGGUUGAAGCUUACGAAGGCCAUCAGCGGAAACAUAGCUGAGGGGCCGGUGAAGGUGGUUGUGAGCGACGGAAAGCACCGCGUUGAGCAGCCCAUAAAAAUCAAGCAUGCCGAAACGCCAAAGUGUUUGCCGCGUUUUGGUGAUGUCGCGCGGUUGCGGAAUCUCGUCGGGAAGGGGCCGUCGCAAAUCGUACUCUCUGACAAUACACCAGCUGACGAUUGCCAAAUCAGCUACAGCCUGAAAAAUCGGGCCGACAUGUUGAAGCAGCUCGAACUCGAGUUUGACGAAUCGAAUGGGACCCUAUCUGUUUCGCGAGUCAAACUCGAGGAUUUGCCGCGUCGGGUGCCAGUGGUUGUUGUCGCCACAUCCGGGAAGCUGACCAAAGAGAUGGGAGUCGAUCUGUUGAUUUCUGAGGAGAGCAACGAUGAUUUCGAAUUUGCUGUGGAGGAAUUCGCUCUGCAGGUCCCCGAAAACGCCGAGAAAGGCGAAAUCCUUGGCAAGCUUUAUGCUGUCAACGGCGGAAAACCAAAGCGAGUCUACUUCUCUUCAAACUCAACGAAGGAAUCGCCUAUUGCCCUGGAUGAGUUGAGCGGUGAAAUUAUGGUCAAAUCUGCGUUGGAUGCCGAUAAGCAAGCAGCACAUACCUUCGUCGUCACCGCCCAAGAUAAUGAGAGUCGGAAGGCUAUCGUUCACGUUGCCGUCGAGCCGACAGGCGGUCGUCGACCAAGGUUCCCCAUGCAGGAGCUGGUAUUUGGGCUGCAUUUAAAGUCACCGCCCGGCUUGAUCAUCACUACUGUAGCCGCUCCGGAAAUUGAGAGGAAAGCAGAAGACAACACGACAUCCACUACCUACCGCAUGUUGUCAACGACAUUUGUGCUCGAUGGUAAGGAACGGGACGCCAACGAGGCGUUCGUGCUGAACCCGACUACUGGAGAGCUGAAGCUCGAGGCGCAAUCACUAGACCCGUACGAAAACGGUGUUUUCUUCAUGCAAAUCGAAGCGAUCGGCAAUGAGAUUUUCGUAUAUAAAGAUUCCGAUGUGUUGGUGGUAGAGACAGGAGAAGCGCCGCUUCUAACCUUCUGGGAAAUGGUUGAGAAGAUCUCCAGUUCCCUCUCACAACGGCUAAACCUUGGGGUGAUCCCCAUCGAGGUAGAUGUGCAUCGCGUCGAGGAUCGUCCCGUUGCGGACACCUCAGAUUUGCAUUUUCUACUCUUCGACGAGACUAGUAGCCUUCCACGUCUCCGAAGCGGAGCCCUUGGCCUGGCUGGGCAGGUCUCGGCACUAGGAGCUGAACGUGAGCCUGUAGUCCACGCGCAAGUCCCCUUCUCCGUCAUCAUCCUCAUCGCCGUCUUCUUCGUCUUGUUGGCAACUAUCCUGGUGGUAGUCCUAGUUCUACUAUGUCUCGAGCGAGCCAAGUACCACGAGGAAAAACAGCUGAUCGAGGACCACAAGGCUUUGAAUACAGCCUUGGCCCAGCCACAACCGAGGGUCGGAACCCUGCGGCUGCUUUUCGAUGGGAUGUAUGAACGUGGCGACAGCAAGGCGCCAGAGUACUCAAUCCAAGAGGUGAAGGUCGACGUCGCCGCGGAGAAGGAGCCAUACGGAAGAAUCGGAGAUGACGAUGCUUACGGCGUCGUUGACAAGAAGAACGCUCGCGCUUCCAAGCCUAAAAGCUCAAACCCAGACUAUUCCACCGUAUACGGGGAACUA